UGUUUCCGGUUUUUUCUCAUUGUAAUGAGAGAUCUCUUAUAACCCUGUGGUACCAUGCAAUGUAACGAACUAGUCGUUUUCUGUGAUUGUGCUUAUUACCUUGUGACCCAGCAGGAUUGUAGGAACUCAGUCUCGAGUCAGCUCAUUGGGUUUGCAUGUUCGAGUAGAGUAGAUUACUUUGGUUCUGUUGCUGAAAGCUGAAGUGACGAUCUUAAUAUACAUCACAUACAGAUCCCCACUAUGCUGUAUUUCACUGUGACUGUUGCAACAUGAGUCGUCGAAGCAGUACUUCAUUCUACCAGAGCACUCCAGUGGUGGCGAUCUGCCUUGCAGCUUUACUCCUCAGCAACAUCUUCAUCUACCUGUAUUUGGACUCUUUGUACCAGUCAGAUGGACAACCAGUCAUCGCCCAUACCGGUUGUAUGGCUCAACACUUUAAAAUGCCGACAAUGAAGAACUGCACUCCUUGGCUUCAAUGUCCUCUUCUAGAAGCGGAAGUUCGCAAACUGAAGCUCAUCGGCCAGGGCGCAGUGAAGAAGGUCUACUUAGCAGAAUGGAAAGGACAAAAGGUGGCUGUGUCCAAACUGUCGUCUCUGGAUUACUCUCAGGAUUUUCUCCACGGAUUGUCAAUGUUACAGGCAUUGCAGGGUCCCCUGGUGGUACAGUUGGUCGGGUUUUGCCUUGAAGACCAUACCUUGGUCACAGAGUAUCAUCCACUGGGCUCACUUCUCAAUUUGAACACAGUUCUGGCACAGGAGCAGCAAAAACAUCGCAACACUUGGCAUACACGGCUGUUGUUGGCGAUAGACUAUGUCUCUAUCCUCCAUUACCUCCACAACAGCCCCGCUGGUCGGAGGGUGAUGUGCGAUUCCAACAGCCUGGAGAAAACUCUCUCCCAGUUUCUGCUCACAAAUGACUUUCACAUGGUGGUGAAUGACUUGGAUGCAUUGCCUGAGGUGGACUUAUCCAGGGGCUUGCUGGUGAAAUGCGGCCACCGGGAGCUCAGCGGUGACUUUGUGGCGCCGGAGCAGCUGUGGCCAUUCAAUAACAUUGGGGAGCCUUUUUCUGACGAUCUUAUGCAUGAGUAUAAUGAACGGACAGAUAUCUGGAAGAUCCCAGAUGUGGUACGGUUCCUGAUAGGAACUGUGGCUGGAGGAGAUUUGAUCCACUUCCAUCUUUUUCAAAUUCAUAAGGAGUGUAAGGCAGAAGACCCUAAACUCCGCCCAUCAGCCCUCGACGUGUUGAUGGUUUACAAGGCAGUUUACAGGAACAUGGCCCAAGACAACGCUGGAUUCAGAGAAAUGCUUUAAUCUCAUUUUAAAAGGAGGCCUACACGAAUUAACAACCUAUCAUGCAAUAUUAGACUUAACGGUUACACUAUUAAGUCCAUUGUACAGGGUCAGGCAAAAUGAUCUGACACAUUUGUAGGUUAAAUAAAAGGCAAA